GCGCUAAGCCUUUUAUUUGAGUAAGAAGAUAUGAACCACACACAGCCCUCAAAGCUCGAAUCACGCCCCCCAUUCAGCUUUGUUAAUCGACAUUGGACAAGAACAGUUGUGUUGAACGUGAUAGUAUAUUCAAGUAUAAAUUUGAAAACAAGUGCUGUUGUCGGAGCCUUUUAAAAACUGUUUUAACCGCGUCACAAAUGGACUUAUAAGUUAACUUUUGUUGUGUGCCAUAAGCCGUUAAGUAUGUACCGGAAAUAUUUCAUCGACGGGAGAACACAUGCAUUCGCCAGCCUAAUAACACAUGAUCACGGACAUUGUUGAUUUUGGGGAUCAUUCAUUCUCAUAUAUCGGAUGGUAAAAUGCUACAGAGUCGGUACUUGGCGUGUUAAAACGUUACAUAGGAUGCCCAGAACAGAUCAUUUCAUUGUCAGGAUCUAUAGAUAACAGGAGAGAAACAAGAUGGUGAAAUAGAACUUCCGGUGUACGAUGUUUCCACGGUCGCCAUUUCUAUAUAAAGGGACGAUUGUUCUCCUAAUUAUAGUCUUGGUAUCGUAUACAAUCCUCAUACAAAAACUCAACAAAUCUCUGACACUAAAGCAGCGGCUUUCAAAUGAUUUGGAUUCACAAUUUGUUCUCGACUCACAAUCCACUCUUGCAGCCAAUGACGUCUACCGGACGACACGAUAUGACGUCAUCAAAUCAUCAUUAUCAAACCUGACGACAGCGCCGCCUAUCGUCAAUCCUCAUGACUUCGAAUACAUUUUAAAUCCUGCGAAUAUGUGUGCCGGGAAAGAUGUAUAUUUCAUCGUGUACGUCCAUACGUCACCGACGAACUUCCGGAAGCGUCAGACGAUUCGACACACCUGGGGGGAUCCCCACCUCCUAAAGAAAUACAAGGCCAGGUUGGUGUUCGUUCUCGGUAAAGUCGCAGACGACAAAGUGAUGACGAAAAUAAAAAUGGAGUACAGCCAUUACGGUGAUAUUGUUCAGGAGGACUUCAUGGAUUCCUACAGAAACUUAACGUACAAAGGAAUCGCCGCUCUCAAGUGGAUAACCCACCACUGCCGGCAAGCUUCGUUUGCCAUUAAAUCCGACGAUGAUAUUAUGAUCAAUUUCUUCAAGAUAGUAGACGAAAUUAAACACCAAACGGUCAACAAAUAUGGCACCAAAAGCCUUAUUCUGUGCAAUCAAUGGGUAAGAAUGAAAGUACUCAGGGACGAGAAAAGUAAGUGGUACAUUCCCAAAAAGGACUUCAAGCCGGAUUUUUUCCCUCCAUACUGCUCCGGUUCUGCAUUUAUUCUCAGUGUGGAUGUGUGCGAGAAAAUGUACAACGCCUCAUUUUUUACUCCUUUCUUUUGGGUGGAUGAUUAUUACAUAACCGGUGCUCUAGCCAAAGCUAUCAACGUAAAACAGAAGAGGUGGAAUGACUUUUAUAUGUUGAAUGGCAAAAUUGUCAGCGAUAUAUUAAGAAAUAAUAGCAAGAACAAAUACGCAUUUUUCCAUAUAGGGAAGUUGAAUUCUAUUUAUAAAAUGUGGAAGAAUCUAAUCAACGGAAUGAAUGAGAUUCCACUGAAUGCCACAACAGCAAAAUCUUGACGAUCAACGAUGGAUAUUAAAACUCACUAAUUAAAAAUACAGUAUUUGUGAUAUCAUUUUUCCCAGCACAAAAAUAUUUCAUUUAUCAAACUAAAUUGCACACCAUUACUGCAUGCAUAUUUUGUAUAGAAAUAACGAAACUGUUUUUUUUUCUUAGAGUUAUCUCUCCUUUACAAAAUUUUAUAAUGUAUGAACUACUCGAAUAACCCAAACUGGUUUUUUUAAAUGAUAAAUUAUUACGAUAAUUUUUAUCUUACAGUUACACUUUUGAUUGAUGUACAUGUUUUCUGUGUUGUUUUUAUUUUUUGUUUUAUAGUUCUUGUAUUCAUAACAAUAACAAAUUACAUGUUCAUGAAUAAUUAUCAUUUUAGAUUAAGGCACAUGCCUUUCAUUUCAUUUUCAUUUUAGAAUGUUAAUGGUUGCUGAACAAAUUCUCAAAGAUUUUAAUUUCAGUGGGUUUUUUUUUAAAAUGAAGUGUCGUUUUAUACAAUUACAUAGCGAUAAGUAGUGUUCAAUGUUCAAGCUAGACAAGUUUCAAUUUAUACGUUGUCGUUAAAUUUUUAAUGGACGCAAUAGUUUCAGUUUAUAAAUAUCAAAAAAUUGAUAUUUGAUAUUUCGUUAUUGUUUUUAUCCUUAAAAUAUGAAUAAAAAAUUUUGAAAAUUG